AUGUCACAACAAUACUUCGUAAUAGAUAAUGGAAGUUAUAAUAUCAAAGCUGGGUUUAAUAGUCAGAAUUCUCCAAUAAAACAUCAAAAUACGUUGAGUAAGGCGAGAGAUGGCCUUAUAUAUGUGGGUAACGAAUAUUUGGUUCAGACGAAUAAUUAUUCAGGAAUGAUAUUCAAGAGACCGUAUGACCAUGGACAUUUAAUAUCAUGGGAAACAGAGAAAGCUGUUUGGGAUUAUACAUUCAAUAAAGCCUCUCCAAAUCAGGAAUUAGAUACAUCCAUUACACAUUUGACGUUGACAGAAACGCCAUUUCAGUUACCUCAGUUGUCGAUGAAUACCGACCAAAUUGUAUUCGAAGAAUAUGGCUUCAAUGAGUACUAUCGAUGUGCACCUGCAUCUUUGGUUCCUUGGGGAAACUUAGGUUCAUCUGAAAAUAGUAAUAAUGAUUUCACCCUCGUAGUGGAUUCUGGGUAUAGUGGUACCUGGAUUGUGCCGAUAAUUUAUCAAAAUGUAUACUGGAAAGGAGUAAAGAAAUUACCCAUUGGUGGUGCUUCACUCAAUGGGCUACUUCGAGAAAUAAUAUCUUUUCGUCAUUACGAUAUAGCAGACGAACCUGUCCUAAUAAAUACCAUUAAAGAGAAAACAUGCUUUAUGGCAACCGAUUUUGAAAAAUCUCUAGCAAAUAGGAAGAAGUACAAAUGUGAAUUUAUUUUACCAGAUUUCAAAACUACUACCACUGGUUUUGUUAGAACUAAGGAUACCCCUGUCGAUACUACUGGUGAUGUUCAAUCUCUUGCACUUAUAGACGAGAGGUUUACAAUACCAGAAUCAUUUUACCAUCCGGAAAUUAUAUUCGACAACACUACGUCAAGUACUUCUACAAUCCAAAAUGCAUCUUUCAAAAAUAUAACCGAUUUAGUGGUGGAGUCUAUCAUGACAUGUCCUAAAGUGACACAGCCGUUAUUGCUGGGAAAUAUAAUAACUGUAGGGGGUAAUACAAACUUGUCUGGGUUCACUGAUCGUCUAAGAAAUGAAUUAGUCAAAGAAUUACCAAUAGAUUGGCAUGUAAAAGUAAAAGAGACAGAACAUAAUCCAGAUGAAGCAAGUUGGUAUGGUGGUGCUCAAUUGACAAAUGAUGAAAUCAUUAAGAAAAUAAGUAUAUCUAAAAAGGACUAUUUUGAGCAUGGAUCUAACUGGUGUCAAAAACAAUUUGGCUUCAAAAACUUAUAG